AUGACAAACCCAGUGAUGUCUACGAACCCUCUCUUGACAACGUCAGGACAGCAGAGGAUCCCAUUGGUUCCUUCACCAUUUGGGCCUCCAGUUGUGGACAGAGAUGUCUUGUCUUCCAGUAUGGCUCCAACUGACCCAAGCCAGUUUUGUGUUCCUUCCCAAUUUGGAUCGACUGUUCUCCCAAACACAAAUAUGCCAAACCCGCUGUCGAGUCACUUCUACUCAGGAUGGGGCAUCUUACCGCCUGAACCCAUAAAGUCAAUGACCACAAGGAAUGAGAUGAUUGAAAGACAUCACACCGCCAGGGCAGAAAUGGAAAUGUAUUCUCUUUACCAGCAACGGAGAAUGGAACGAGUUAAUCCCAGGGGGCUCUCUGGCCUGGGGAUACCACUCUUUUAUGGCUCAAGUUGCCUGGGUGGCUCCGCAGGCUUCCAAGGCAGGAGCCCGUUGCCUGCCAGUGAUCUGCAUUUGCACAGAAGCACCUUCAGACACCUUCAGGGAAGCCCUAUUCUGCUGGCAACUAGACCACACUUUACAGAGUGCUGGGGCCAGAAAUACCGACUCAGGAGAGGUCCAGUUUACCAGAAACCUCCAGAGAGUGAUACUGAGAGUUUCAAAAGUCAAGGAGAAGAAAAGGGCUUGGGCCAGAUGCCUGCGGUUUCCUGUGAAGAGGAAGAGUACAUCAAAGAUCCAGAAAUUGAAGUAGACAACCACCAGAAGCCAAGGGAAUCUGAUGAAAAGCUGACCACAGCCCUCACCAACCCCUGCGGAGAGCUCCAGCCAAACCAGAGAAAACCCUCUUCCCUGGAGGCGAAAGCAUGGGAUGGGGAGAAGGAAAAGCCCUCUGAACAGGGCUAUGAAGCCUGGGAUGAAAAGAACAGGGUUUGCCUGCCAAUUUCCACACUGCCUCUGUCAGGAACACACGAACUGGCUGAUAUUCAGAAGUGGACUGUGGAGGACGUGCACGACUUUAUCAGAAGCCUCCCAGGCUGUUCUGACUACGCCCAGGUAUUUAAGGAUCAUGCAAUUGAUGGAGAAACACUGCCCCUUCUCACUGAGCAGCAUCUUCGAGGCACCAUGGGACUGAAACUGGGCCCAGCAUUAAAAAUCCAGUCUCAGGUAUCUCAGCAUAUGGGAAAUAUGUUCUGUAAAAAAAUUCCUUCGCUCCCCGCCCAUGCAAGACAAGCAUUCGAUCAGCCAGCUGACACAUCCCCUCUUUUGGAUAUUAAUUCCUGGAGUGAUGGUUUGAGCAUUCCUGGUUCCCAGGAUAUAAUGAUGCCUAAGAGGACUGAGCAAGACAGUAUGAGAAACUAA